AUGAACCGCCUUAAAAUUUUUAAAUAUUUUUCAGACAAAUAUAAACAGAAAAAUAUUCCGGCUUCAGACGGAUCCGAUGAAAUACUUAUACAAAAAAAAAAUCUUAAAAGCUAUUUUAAUUUCAUAAUUUCAAAAGCCAGAAAAAAAAAUAAAAAAGAUAAUAUCGAAGUUUCUAAAGGCUAUAAUAAAAUAAACUCUCCCGAAAGUACAAAAGAUACCCCAUUUCAAUCUGAAAAGGGAUUGAAGAAAAGUAGCAGCAUAUGGAAUAAAUUUACAGUCAAUAAAGAUAGUAAUAAAGAUAGUACCAAUAUAAAUGCAGAUAAAACAGUAAAUAAGAUAAACAAACUACCUAGUGGAAUUUUUAAAGAACCUCAAAAAGGUAGAAAAUCUUUCUCAUUAAUUAAAAAAAAUAGUCAUGGUGAUCGAACCAAAUUACAUAAAAUUGGAAAUGAGGAUCAUAAAAAAAAAGGUAUCAUUAAAGCACAUCUUUUAAAACGAAAAAAGAAAAGAAACAUGGAAAUCAUUAUGCCAACUCCAAAACAUACCAGUCAUAUACACAAUAAAACUAGUGAAAAAAAUGUGAUACCUUCAUCAAAUAAAGAGAUAAAUAGUUCUAAAAAUAAAUUAAAUAAAAAUUUGCAAAAAAAUGCUAGCACAAAACAUACAUGUAAAAUGCAAAUUAAAAAAGACAAACCAAUAAAUGUUGAUAAAGAUACAUUUAGUAGAAAUAAGCUAAUAUAUAAUAAAUCCAUUUCAAACAAAGAUAAAAACAUCCAUAUCAAAAAAAAUAAAAAAAUUGUUGAAAAAAAACGGGUUUUAAAUAAUAUACAGUCUAAAACAUCCGCACCUAAACAAAAAAGAAUAUCACAAAUAGAUCCACAAGAUGACAUGCUUAUGCAAUGCAGAAAUGAUUUCAUUCAGAACCUCAAAAAUGAUAUGUGCAACAAAGACAAUUUGAAAAAUUAUAACUUAAAUAUGAAUAGUAAUAAUAUUCAUGUUCAACCUUUAAAUUGUGAUAAUCUAUAUAUCCAUGAUAUGCAUGAAAAAUCAAAAAAAAAACGAUCAAGUAAAUUUAUUCCAUUAUCAAAUAAAAAAAAAAGACGGUUAAAACCAGAUUGUUUUAAUUUUUUAAAAGUUAUUGGAAAAGGUUCCUAUGGAAAAGUAUUAUUAGUUAAACAUCUACGAACCAAUAAAUUGUAUGCUAUGAAAAUAUUAAGAAAAGAAAAUAUAAUAUCACAAAAUCAAUUAGAGCAUACAAAAGUUGAAAAAAGUAUAUUAAAAUCUGUUUCUCACCCAUUUAUAGUUAAAAUGUAUUAUACUUUUCAAACCUCAAAAAAAUUAUAUUUUAUAUUAGAAUAUUGUCCGGGUGGAGAAUUAUUUUUUCAUUUAUCAAAAUUAAACAAAUUUACAGAAGAAAUAGCUAGAUUUUAUGUCUCGGAAAUUAUUAUAGCUUUACAAUAUUUACAUAAAUUAAGUAUUAUAUAUAGAGAUUUAAAACCUGAAAAUGUUCUAUUGGAUAAAUAUGGUCAUAUUAGAUUAACUGAUUUUGGAUUAUCAAAGGAAUGUAUUAGUGAUAACAAUUCAGCAAAAUCAUUAUGUGGAACUCCGGAAUAUUUAUCUCCUGAAAUUAUACAACAAACGGGACAUGGUAAAUCCGCAGAUUGGUGGAGCUUAGGUGUAAUGUUAUAUGAAAUGGUGAAUGGGAAAUUACCAUUUAAUGGAAAAUCUAGAGAUGUCUUAUUUGAAAAUAUUAAAUAUAAAAAAAUAAAAAUUUCUAAUAAAUUAUCACCAGAAAUUGGUGAUUUAUUAAAAAAAUUAUUACAAAAAAAUCCACGAAAAAGGUUAGGAUCAGGUAUAACGGAUGCAGAAGAAAUAAAAAAACACCCUUUCUUUAAAAACAUUAAUUGGGGUGAUGUUAGUUCUAAAAAAAUAUCACCUCCAUUUAAACCUGUUUUAUUUAACAUAACCGAUUUAAGAUAUUUUGAUGACGAAUUUUUAUGUAUGUCUCUUAGACACUCAGACAAGUUUGACUCACACUCUUUUGAUUUUCAUCCCCAAAAUGCGCUAUUUAGGGAUUUUAGUUACAACUAUAAUGACAAUUAA